CGUUGAGCUGCGCCGGAAGUGACCGACCGGCGGCGUCGCGCUACUAGCAGCUCGCGCUAACCGUACCGGGACCGGCGGAACCGACACCGGAGCCGAAACGUUUAGGAUUCCAGCGGACAGAUCGCGCAUCUUCUCCGAAUCUGGAGCUUGUCUGCAGUUGGCGGCGGUGGUGAGGAACCAGGAAGUGCGGCGCGAUCGGCCGUCGUGACGUAAGCUCGAGGUGCUUUUGUUUGGGGGCGUGGCCUGUAGGCGUCUUCUAACUCGCGAUUGGUGAACAGGUGUCCAGCCAUCCUGCUGUGGCUCUGCGGGCGCGCACUGGGCGGAGUCAGGUUCAGACUCGGGCUGUGAUUGGCUGGGAGUGAUGAGUGGGCGGCGGGGGGGCGUGGCUGUGGUCCGCGAGCGGGGGCGGGGCGUGGAUUCGUCGUGCUGGUUCGCGCCCGGCGCAUUGCGACGUUUGUUCGAGCUGCCGGCGCCGAUCCUGUCGCGCCACCAGCUGAAGCGUCUGGAGGAGCAUCGCUACAGCAGCUCGGGACGCUCGCUGCUCGAACCCGUCAUGCAGCGCUACUGGGAGUGGCUGGUGAGCAGGAUGCCGCCCUGGAUCGCGCCCAACCUCAUCACCAUCGUCGGUUUGGCGACGAACAUCUUCACCACGCUGGUGCUGGUGUAUUACUGCCCGACCGCCACCGAACAGGCUCCUCUCUGGGCGUAUCUCCUGUGCGCGGUGGGUCUGUUCGUCUAUCAGUCGCUGGACGCUAUCGAUGGCAAACAGGCGCGACGCACUAACAGCAGUUCACCACUGGGGGAGCUGUUCGACCACGGCUGCGAUUCGCUCUCCACAGUGUUUGUGGUGCUGGGCAUUAGUAUCGCAGUGCAGCUGGGCUCUCACCCCGACUGGAUGUUCUUCUGCUGUUUCUCCGGCAUGUUCAUGUUUUACUGCGCUCACUGGCAGACCUAUGUCUCCGGCACGCUGCGCUUCGGCAUCAUUGAUGUGACAGAAGUGCAGAUCUUCAUAAUGCUGCUGUAUCUGCUGGCUGCUGUGGGCGGAUCGGCUCUCUGGCAGUCUCCGGUAAUCCAGCUCUCACACAUCUUAUAUUAAUGUUAAUUAUUAAUGAAUAAAUUCUAAAUGAAUAUAUAUAUAUAUAUCAAUUACUUCAGGGUCAUAUUUACAGGCGGCGUGGGCAAAAACGGAUCCACUAUAGCGGGUACGAGCGUGUUAUCGCCCGUUCUGCACAUCGGCUCUGUUAUCGUCCUCGCCAUGAUGAUUUAUAAGAAAUCAACCGUCCAGCUGUUCCAGAAACACCCCUGUCUGUAUAUUCUGGCCUUCGGCUUCGUUUCGGCCAAAAUCACCAAUAAACUAGUGGUGGCUCACAUGACGAAGAGUGAGAUGCAUCUUCACGACGCGGCAUUUCUGGGUCCCGGCCUGCUGUUUCUCGAUCAGUAUUUCAACAGCUUCAUCGACGAGUAUCUGGUGUUAUGGAUUUCUCUGAUUCUGUCCCUGUUCGAUCUGGUGCGCUACUGCGUGAGCGUCUGCAACGAGAUCGCGUCUCACCUGCACAUCUGCGUCUUCAAGAUCAAGCCACAGAGCACAGCGGAGGCCGUCGAGUGACCCCUGACAUAUGGUUUCAUCUUCCUGCACUUUCAGCCUCAUACUAAACCAGAGCCAAUGCAUCCUGAUUUACACCAUUCUGCGCUUAGACUGAAGGAAGAAUUCAGGAAGAAAUUAAAAUGUGCUUAAAUUCUUCAUCAGGUUUGGAGAAAUGAAGUGCAGUGAAUGGGUGCCGUCAGAAUGAGAGUCCAAACAGCUGAUAAAAACAUCACAGUAAUCCACAAGUAAUCCAUGUAAUCUUGUAAUCCAAUAAGUACUCCGAUUAAUCUUGAGAAGACAAAAGC